GGGUGGGAGGGGGAAACUAUUGUAUUAAUGAUCGUAUUACAGCGAAAGUUGUAUGAGGUCUCUAACCUAUAAAUGAAAGCUAGAGCGAAAGCAAAGGCGAACAGGGCUUCUUCUUUACACGUUCAUUGAUUCUUUCGAUUCGAUGCCUCUUUUGUCUAUUUGGCUGGUAAUUGUUCGUCUUUUCGAGACCUCAGCAGCUGUUUAUUCUUUUACUGGAAGUCGAGAUGUAUUUCAUAUACAUCCCACGCCGCAAGUGUGGACUGCAAGCGACAGUACAGUUAUAAAUGGAAUAAAUGAAAGCAAAUUUUUCCCGCUCUUCCGCCAGUUAUGGAAAAACAGUCGGUUUGGUGCUGUAUCUACAAAUGGAAGCGAAUCGGAUCUACGGUAUGCUGUCGCCGAUGUUUGCUGGGAUAACGAAAUCUGUUAUCUUGAAACUGGUCAAGUUGCGACUCGAAAAGGUGUGUGUCCUGAAGAUGAACGACUGGAAGAAUUCUCCAAUGUUGUGACAAAUUCAGGCGAAACGCUAAUCGGAGGAUCGUGUACCGGAGGGUUGCUUCUCAUGUGUGUGGUUAUUUACUUCCUAUACAAACUGCUCAAGGAUGAUCCAAGCGUUCAUCCUACGACUGGUCAUGUUCCUCAGCCGGAUGCUGCUACAAAUCAAAACACAGCUUCCAGCUGUCCACGUUGUCGUAGCGUUCCCAGCAGUCCACCUCCCGCUUACAAUCAAGUGUUUGCAAUGGGAGAAUGUGCUGACCUCUCAUGUGUUUGUAUGACUGCACCACCUGCAAAUUCUAAACAACCUACUAUCUGACCUAACAAAUGACUUUCUCCAUU